AUGGCCUUCCUUUCCCGACUGGAUCUUCACGAAUGCCUCCAAACCCUGUCUGUUUUGCAGUGGCUCCCCGUCUACGUAUUUUUAGGAGCAAUUCCUAUUAUUCUUAUACCCUACUUUCUGAUGUUCACUAAAUUCUGGAUCUUGUCUGUGCUCGCCUUAACCUGGCUCGCCUAUGAUUGGAAUACUCACAGUCAAGGUGGUAGGCGUUCAGCUUGGGUACGAAAUUGGACCCUCUGGAAGUAUUUUCAAAAUUAUUUCCCAAUAAAGCUGGUGAAGACUCAUGACAUCUCUCCGGAACAUAACUAUAUCAUUGCCAAUCACCCCCAUGGCAUUGUCUCUUAUGGUGUGUUCAUCAACUUUGCUACUGAGGCCUCUGGCUUUUCUCGGAUUUUCCCAGGCAUCACUCCUUCAGUAGGGACCUUGGAAGGGAUCUUCUGGAUCCCAAUUGUGCGAGAAUAUGUGAUGUCAAUGGGUGUGUGCCCAGUGAGUGAGUUGGCCUUGAAGUAUUUGCUGACCCAAAAAGGCUCAGGAAAUGCUGUGGUUAUUGUGGUUGGUGGAGCUGCUGAAGCCCUCUUGUGCCAACCAGGAGCCUCUACCAUCUACCUUAAAGAACGUAAAGGUUUUGUGAAGUUGGCACUGAAGACAGGAGCGUACCUUGUUCCUUCCUAUUCCUUUGGAGAGAAUGAGGUUCACAAUCAAGAGACCUUCCCUGAGGGCACAUGGAUAAGGUUCUUCCAAAAAACCUUCCAGGACACAUUCAAAAAAAUCCUGGGACUAAAUUUCUGUACCUUCCAUGGCCGGGGCUUCACUCGAGAAUCCUGGGGCUUCCUUCCUUUCAAUCUGCCCAUUACCACUGUUGUUGGGGAGCCCCUGCCAAUCCCUAGGAUUAAGAAGCCAAACAAGAAGACAGUGGACAAGUACCAUGCACUCUACAUCAGUGCCCUGCGCAAGCUGUUUGACCAGCACAAAGUUCAGUAUGGCUUUCCUGAGGCCCAGGAGCUGACAAUCAUAUAA